UAAAAAAAUAUUUAAACAAAAAAUAGAGCGAGCUUAAACAAUUUGAAAUAAUGCCUGCUGUUAGACGAAUAGGAAUUGGACGUGCAACAUUGACUAUUAUGUUGUUAAAUUGUGUUGACCAGCGAAGCGGGCACAGGACCUCUAGUUUAAGGAAUAAAAGAGCACAUGCUCUCUAAGCUUGGCAUUGAAAAAUCAAUCAAAUCAAUACACUCACGAUUAAAGAAUUGUGAUCAACGAAAGUGUGAUUAGCGAGGUUUUUAGGAAUCGAGGAAUUCGAGCCGCAGCAACUCUCUGAUCCGCCGCCAAAGUCCAGUGGUCCCGGAAGUAAAGACACAGAGUGCCAACAAAUCAAAGAAGCAGCAGGAUGGCUCAGGAAGGUCAGGAUAUGCCCACAUUCAAGUGCGUGCUCAUCGGCGAUGGUGGCACUGGGAAGACCACCUUCGUGAAGCGCCACAAGACCGGCGAGUUCGAGAAGAGGUACGUGGCCACGCUCGGAGUGGAGGUGCACCCGCUCAUCUUCCACACCAACCGCGGCGCCAUUCGCUUCAACGUGUGGGACACCGCCGGCCAGGAGAAGUUCGGUGGCCUGCGCGACGGCUACUACAUCCAGGGCCAGUGUGCGGUCAUCAUGUUCGACGUCACCUCGCGUGUCACCUACAAGAACGUGCCCAACUGGCAUCGCGACCUGGUCCGCGUCUGCGACUACGUCCCGAUCGUCCUCUGCGGCAACAAAGUCGACAUCAAGGACCGCAAGGUGAAGGCGAAGAGCAUCGUCUUCCAUCGCAAGAAGAACUUGCAGUAUUACGACAUCUCGGCCAAAUCGAACUACAACUUCGAGAAGCCAUUCCUUUGGCUGGCGCGCAAGCUGGUCGGCGAUCCCAACCUGGAGUUCGUCGCCAUGCCUGCCCUGCUGCCGCCCGAGGUUAAGAUGGACAAGGACUGGCAGGUGCAGAUCGAGCGGGACUUGCACGAGGCCCAGGCGACCGCCCUGCCCGACGAGGACGAGGAUCUUUAAGCCUAUUCCAUAGUUAACUGAGAGAGAGAGAUGGCUGGCUUGCACACACCACAAUCCCAUUUCUUUCCAUUGCGUUGCUUUUGCCUGAUCCUGAAUUGUCUAAAAAUCAAGCAAAAUAAAUGUUAAAAUCGUAUUUUUUUAAUAAAAAAAAAAAAUUGUACAAGUUGAAUAGAAAAUAUGAAGAUA